AUGGCUCGGUGCAACGCGCUGGUUGCGGCAUUGACCGUGGCCGCGGCCGCCUCAGAGUACCAGUUCUUGAUUACGGAACGCUUCAGCAGCAGCGACUGCAGCACAGGUAAAACCUAUUCAGAUAUUGGGACCCCGGUGGGUGUGUGCCACCCAAGCAAUGCGGAGUACCUCAAAGUGGAGAUCAUUGGCUCCGAGGCCAUCCACAGGUACUACAAUGAAUCGGACUGCUCUGGCACCGUGCUGAGGAAUGAGACCCUCGACACGGCUUGUAUCCAGAGCGGGGCGACAUGGGUUUCGAGGCGGGUGGCGAUGCAUGAUGGCUUUGACACUGUGCAGUGGGCGGACAAGAACUGCAGCAGCACAAGCACUCAGAGUGGCGAUCCGCAGGCACUCGGCAUCUGCGCGAUCCCUACACCCAGUAUGUCCAUGAUGUGGGUGUGCAACGCGACCCGCAAUGGCGUGCAGAUGAACAGCUAUGCCAGCGGCAACUGCACCGGAUCAUGGGAUGUACUAUCUUUCAUCCCUGCAACUACCGAUCUCUGCCAGGAAGAACAGUGCGGGAGCACCGCAAUGUCCGAUUGCUUCUCGACAACCACGACGUCGACAUCGGCAAGCGACGCCACGACGACAUCGGUGUCGUCAUCGGCAUCCUUGCCCUGCAUAUCCCAGAUUCUCGCCGUUGCUUCUUCAAGUGCUUACCUCGUGUCUAUUGCGCACGGGCAUCUGUAA